CGCGCAGGUUUUUAUUAUGAAUUACAGCUACACUCUAUCUGUCCGUGUACCUUGCCUAAUCUUAAUAUGCGUACAUUUGUUCAUCAUGCAAACACAAUGUGCACAUAUAGUUGGCUUCGCAUCGUUGAACUAUGUCAGUCAUCACAGAAUGUUAUGGAAACUUGGCAAAGAGCUCCAGACAAGGGGCCACAAAUACUCUCACAUUUUACCGAAUUUUGCACAGGAAACCUUCGAUGAUGUUAACGUGGUAAUGUUUAAUUCGUCAGUGACCAACAAGGACAAUAUGGCUCUGUGUUUACGUUACGCGAGCGCAGGAAACUUCGGCAAGGACCUUUCCCGACUGUUUGAAGGUGUGACCACGAUAGCGUCAGAAAUCCAGCGGAUUCAUCGACAGGCUUGUGAGGACUUUUUAAAACACGGAAGCUUGAUUUCAGAACUCAAAUCAUCCGUUGAUUUAGUGCUGUGUGACAAUACAAACCAAUGUUGCCAUAUUCUGGCUGAUAUGUUGAAUGUAAGCCGCGUAGACGUGUCCAUUCUAGGAUUUUUUAAUCUGUUUGGCGUAUACCUAUCUGAUUAUCCUCAGGCAUCAGUAUAUGUGACAUUGGGAGCUUCAAUACACUUGCCAAGCGAGAGUAAAUUUUCAUUUAUGAACCGUCUGAAAGGUUUUGUGACCUGUGUCUGCUUUUGGAAUAUUCUUACCUACUAUAACUCUCGAAUAGAAGAUCUCUGGGAAAAGUACGGCAAAGCGAACUCGAAAUUCCCGAGCUCCACAAUCGCACGCCGAACGCACGGUAUUGAACUCGUCCCACACGAUUUUGCACUCGAACAGUCGCGCCCUCUUGGGGCGAAUAUCAAAGUUAUCGGUGCACUUUUAUCGGAGCCUGCUCGGAGACUUCCGGAGCAUUUGGAUAAGUUUAUGAAUGAAAAUAAGGUCGUUGUAAUAGUUUCAUUUGGCACAAUUUACUCGAACUAUCCACCAGGCCUUGCCCAGACUAUCGCUGAUGAAUUGAGCCAGGUUCGUACUGCUGUUUUAUGGAAAUACUCUGGUGAAAUGCCGAAAAAUAUUGGUAAAAAUAUCAAGAUAAUUCAAUGGUUUUCUAAAAACGAGUUUUCGUUCAACGACUUAUUAGGGCAUUCAUCCACCAAGGUUUUUGUCACCCAUGGUGGGUUGAAUAGCUAUCAGGAAAGUGUGUACCAUGGGGUGCCAAUGGUUGUCAUACCAAUGAUGGCUGACCAAUACCGACAGGCAGACUUGAUACAACAUAAAGGGCUUGGUGUGAUUAUCCAAUGGACGGAUAUAAUCGCCAAUCGCAAAAUAUUGGGAGAUGCUAUCAACGAGGUGUUGAGUAACAAGGUGUAUGUGGAGAAUGUCAAAGGACUCUCAACAAUAAUGAAAGAUAGAAAGCAGAGCCCAAGCCAGGAAGGUGCGGAUUGGAUCGAAUAUGCUUUGCGUCAUGAUGGAGCCUCUUUUCUCACAAGCGAAGCUAUUGAUUUACCACAGUAUAAAUUGCACAUGUUUGAUGUCUUUAUCUUUCUUAUUCUUGUAGUAUGUCUCAUAGUUUAUUUAUUACUACGUUUGUGCUACUGUUUAUUGGGUGCUUGUGCCAAAAGGAUGCAGGUUAAAAAGAAACAAGCCUAAUAUAAUAACUCUAGCAAUUUAUGAGACAAAAAGUGUAAAAAGUCACCUCUAAUGUUGAUUUAAAUAAAUUAUAAGUAGAUGAUAAUUAAAUAAAAAUA